AUGACCAGCAGACGUUUAUUCGUCAGUGGGAUUGCUAAUAAUAUUGGUGCGGAUGUUGUUCGAAUGUAUUUCUCAAGAUUCGGCUUCAUGUCCGAAUUCGUGAUGCCGAUCGAAAGGGGAACAGGCAUGAACAGAGGAUUCGCAUAUAUAACCUAUUCUGAUGAGAUGUCGACGUCAAAGUGCUUAGAAGAAUGUGUUCAUAAAAUUAAGGAUCGAGAUAUAACCGUGACCAGUAUGGCGGAAGAAGGGAAUCUCACAAAAAUGCCUGCUUUGAAGUCGAGGAAGUUAUUCGUCAGUUUCCUUGGUGUUGAAGGAAUGAAUGAGGAUGCACUCCGAAAAGCGUUUACUCCAUUCGGUGCUAUUUCAUCCGUCUAUUUUGCCCGAGAUGAUGAAGAAAAUCUGCUUUACUAUGCGAUUAUCACUUUCGAGACAGAAGAAUCGGUAGAUAGAUGUCUGGCCGUCAAUCACUGCGUGAACGGCCGGUCUAUAGUGGUGAGAAAAGCGGUGAGAAAAGAACAGGUCAAAUUGGCUGAACAAUCUGAAAGAGAGCGAGCACAUCUUGAGGAGCAUCAGAAGCAUGGCUAUGCUGGAUAUCGCAAAGCGUACGUAGCGGUAACAGCAUUACCUUCGCAAGUCGCUGUUAUGAAUGGCUUUCCUUCUGCUAAUCCGAGCAGUUAUGCUUAUCAAUCUACUCCACAAGUUGAUCCCGCACAGGAACGGUAUCUUCGUGAAUACGAACAGUAUCAGCAACAAAUGGUAGAAUAUCAAAAACAGUUGGCUGAGUACCAAAUAAAGCUCAACAAAUACCAUGGUGAAGUACAGCAAUAUCAAAUGCAGCGACAAUACAAAAAUGCUUUGGAUCAAGCAGCUUUUCAAAAUGCGUACAACUACACAGCUCCAAGUCAAAUUCUACACAUGUUUCAGUUAGUGCUUAUCUGGAGAACCCAAUGUCAGUCAGUGAAUCGUCGUCUUUUUGGUACGGUGGGAGUAGAUGCUGAAUCCGGGGAAUAUGAAGUUAUUCUUCAGAGGGCUUCGGAACUGAUAGAUAAUUUACCAUCUGAACAAGAAUGUGAAGUUCGAAAGCUGAUACCGAAAGAUGGAUUGUUUUCCCAUAAUUGCUACGAAGUUUCUUUUCGUGAAGGUGAUCUUGAUAUUGUUUUCGUUCCUUUGCAACUAGAUAUCAACAGCGGCAGGAAAACACCGCACAUUCCCUACCCUUAUAGGAUUAGCUGCCAGCAGUCUUCUGAUUCCAGGCAUAAUUGGACAGAAAAGACUGAUCCAAAGAAGUUCGUCUACGAAGAUUGUGGCAUUGCUACUUAUCUGUUGGAGUACUGGGGAAUGCGCGAUUGCUUUCCGAAAAAAUUUGCAGAUUUGGGAUGUGGAAAUGGGCUGCUUGUGCAUCUUUUAAACAAAGAAGGGGUUAACGGUAUCGGAAUCGACGUGCGUAAAAGAAAAAUUUGGUCUCAGCUUCUCUCAGACACCUCUCUCAUUGAAGCAAGUGUGGAUCCUUCCGAGAAAGAAAAUUGUAUACCUGCCGAUGUGGAUUAUCUUAUUGGUAACCAUACUGACGAGCUGACACCUUGGAUUCCUAUUAUUGCUGCUAGAAGAAAAUGCAAUUUCUUCGUCUUGCCUUGUUGUCCAUUUAAUUUCCAUGGUAAGUACGUUGCUCGACGUGGAGAUAACGGAAGUCAGUACGAUUCAUUCCUGAGAUUUGUCCGGGAGGUUUGCGUUCGCCUAGGUUUCAUUGUGGAAGAAGAUCGUUUGAGCAUUCCCAGUACCAAAAGACUCUGCUUCGUUUGCACUAUUCCUCCCCAUGGUCUAGUGCCGGACAUUGAAGAUGUUGUGGAAGAGCUCACUUCUUCCUCAACAAAAGCAUUCAUUCCCAGGCUAAAGAUGGAACAGGUUCGUAAUUGCCUGAACAUCCCAGCAGAAACUCGGUUGGUGUUAACGAAACGCUUCUUCGAUAAGAUUCUGCUGAAUAGCGAUGAGCUGAAAGACGGUUGGCGAUGUGGUGGAGCAAUUGAGCUUAGCGAACUGGCGCUAAUGUUGACUGAGAGUGAAAAACAACUUAUGAAGCAGCAGUGUGGAGGCUUGCAAACAUUUCUGAGGAAUCAGCAUCAAGUUUUCAAGGUCACUGGUGGCAUGGCUCAGUUGCGUGAUUUUCGUGAAGAUGCCUCACGAUCUUUCAAAAAAUCCAAAAGGGUAGCUGCUCGGAGUGGUGUGACACCAUGCUGGAUGGCUGAAAAUCAUCCUGAUGGAUGCCCUAUGAAAGAUAAAUGUCAAUUCAAACACUAA